UUUUCGAUGGUUUUGUGCUUAAUCUUAUUUUUGGUGUUGCUGUUGUUUCGAUUUAGUUGGGGCAACUGAGUGUGUACAUGCUUCGCACAAUUAGGACUAUUCAUAGAGAACCGGUAAGGUGAUCCUUCGGAUGAAGGAAUCGCAUUUCUGGUCGUUUUCUGCAUAAUUCUUCAUACGGGCAUUAGCUGUUUUGGUUGAUGAAUUGGAUUGAAGUUACACGAUUGGAAGAUAUAUAUCGAGUUCAACUGUUAGGCUGUUUUUUUCCCCACAAUGGGGAAGCAGGGACUUUUGAAAAACAACCACCCUUUGAAUCUUUCGGAUGGUUUAGCAAAAUGCAAUAAUGAUCUUGUGACGGCAAGAAAUGGAAGUAGAAUUCUUGAUGCGUCUUCAGGCUAUAGUGUUGUCUGGAGGAAUGUACCUCGGUGGAGCAUUUUUUCUUGGAUGAGAACUUUUCUGUCCGAGAAGAAUGGAAGCACUCAUGUGGUCUUAGCAAAGGGUUCAAGCGGCGGAAAGAGGCAGAUGCUACUUCGGAGACAUGUGAAAGAUGCAAUCUAUUUAGCAGUUUUGAUGAUGUUGCUUUUAGUGAUCGAUUCUGUUCUUUUCUCUGUAAUUCAUCAUGUGAUUCUUCGAAGAAAUUUUCAUGAGAAAUCAAAACAGUUGAAGGAUGAUGAAGUUGGCUCCCGGGAUGAACACAAUACGUCAACUGUGAUGUAUGAAAGACUUCUGAAUUUUGCAUCACAUGCUCUUAUGGAGGAUGACCUCAAACAUGAAGACUUGUCAAUAUGGAAGGAGCCCUUUGAUAAGGCCAGUGCAUGGAAACCUUGUGCUGAUCAGAAAAAUCCUAUAAAAGCAAAAACAGAAAGAACUGGAUUCAUAAUGGUUAGUGCGAAUGGGGGUCUCAACCAACAACGAGUUGCGGUUUGCAACGCUGUUGCAGUAACUUCUUUGCUUAACGCCACUCUCGUAUUACCACGAUUCCUUUAUAGCACAGUCUGGAAAGAUGGCAGCCAAUUUGAAGAUAUUUAUCAAGAAGAAUAUUUUAUCAACUCUCUGAGGGAAGAUGUGACUAUUGUGAAGGAGUUGCCUUCCCAUCUUCAGCUGAUAGAUAUUGAAGCAGUUGGUAGUCUCAUUACGGAUAUGGAUAUUGAAAAGGAGUCAAAACCCUUUCAGUUGGUUGAAAAAAUACUUCCUCUCCUACUAAAGAAUCAAGUAGUUCAUUUUCUUGGAUUUGGCAAUCGACUUGCAUUCGAUCCACUUCCUCCUAACAUUCAGAGAUUAAGAUGCAAAUGUAACUUUCAUGCACUGAAGUUUGUUCCAAAGAUCCAGAUGGCUGGCUCUUUACUAGUUAAAAGAAUUCGGCAAUAUAGUGCACGUUGGAGCUCCUUGGAUGAACAUUUGCUUGAAGAAUUUCUGCCUAAUGAUUAUUCUGAAAGGGAUUCUCUGGAAAGGCCAUCGAGGUAUCUUGCUCUGCAUUUAAGGUUCGAAGUGGAUAUGGUAGCAUAUUCUCUAUGUGAAUUUGGUGGAGGAGAGCAUGAGAAGACAGAACUACAAUCUUAUAGAGAGAUCCACUUUCCUGCACUUGUCAUGCGGACAAAGAAUGCCAAGUCAGUCUCUCCUGCACUUUUAAGGAAACUGGGACGGUGUCCAUUGACUCCAGAGGAAGCCGCCCUAUUGCUUUCAGCUCUGGGUUUCAAACGCAACACCCAUAUCUACCUUGCUGGUUCUCAUAUAUAUGGUGGCAAGUCUAGAAUGUCUGUCUUAACUAGUCUGUACCCGAAUAUAGUCACCAAAGAAGACCUCCUAACACCAGCUGAAAUGGCACCUUUCCGGAAUUUCUCCUCUCAGUUGGCAGCACUGGACUUCAUUGCUUGCGGAGCUGCUGAUGUAUUUGCCAUCACUGACUCUGGAAGCCAGCUUUCUUCUCUUGUAUCUGGCUACAGGAUAUACUAUGGCAGUGGGCAGAUGCCAACAUUGCGUCCCAACAAGAAAAGGUAUGCAAGAAUUUUAUCAAAAAAUGGCAGUAUAGGAUGGUCUGAAUUUGAGGAAAGAGUGAGGAAUAUGAUUCUGGAAAACCAAAGGGUGACGGCGAGACCAUUUGGUAGAAGCAUAUAUCGACAACCAAGAUCUCCCGAGUGUAUGAGCAUGGCCUAGUCUUGCUGGAAGAAGCGAUUAAAGAACCAGAGCACCAGAGUCGGUGUUUGUCUGAGUUUCUGGGGCUGUUCAAUGCUUGUAACAGCACUAUAUGCGUGGAUACAAUCUGUGCAUAUUGAAGAAGUAUGUAAAAUGGUCGAAUUUUGUAUUUAACAUACAAAAAUGAAUAUUCUGAUAAAACCAUAAUGGCACUGGAAGCUAAUGUGUGACCAAAAAAAUAGCAAACAACCUGGAACAAAUUCAG